ACGAAGUGGCGAUGGUGGUGGUGUUUCUGGUAUUCCUCGUUGCGUCACUGGAGCGUAACAAAGAGAGAGAGAGAGAAGAGAUGAGUUGUCUAACAAAUGGUUAUCUAGAUACAGUCAUAGACUGGAUACCGGGCAUGAAUGAUAUACGCUUGAAGGAUCUCCCGAGUUUUAUCAGAACCACAGAUCCAAAUGAUAUAAUGCUAAAUUUCGCAAUGGAUGAAGUUGAGGGAGUUCAUAAAGCUUCAGCACUCAUUUUGAACACAUUCAAUGCUCUAGAGCCUGAUGUUUUAGAGGCACUUUCUUCCAUAUUUCCUUUCAUGUACACCAUUGGGCCUCUUCAAUUACUCCUAAAUCAAGCCCCAGAGGACAAUUUAAAAUCUAUUGGCACAAGUCUUUGGAAAGAAGAACCAGAGUGUCUAUCAUGGCUUGACUCAAAAAAGCCCAACUCAGUUGUUUACGUGAAUUUUGGCAGUGUCACAGUGAUGACACCCCAACAACUCAUUGAAUUUUGUUGGGGACUUGCUAAUAGCAAUCAGACAUUUUUAUGGAUUAUAAGGCCCGAUUUAGUCAUCGGCGACUCGGCAAUUUUACCGCCGGAGUUUGUGACGGAGACAAAAGAAAGGGGUCUACUAGCAAGCUGGUGUCAUCAAGAACAAGUUCUGAGCCACCCAUCGGUCGGAGGGUUCUUAACGCAUUCUGGGUGGAAUUCCACCAUUGAAAGUGUGNAUAAUCGUCAGACAGAUAUAUUAAAACACAUAUCGUCAAAUAUGUACAAUAAAAUAUAG